AUGAGCAGUAGCAGUGGGAGUGGGAGUGAGAGUCGUAGUGUCUGUGGUGGUGUUAGUGGUAUUGGUGGUAUUAUUCCUUCUGUAAGCACUGUCAAUUGUGAAUCAUUGAGUGUGCUGACACGGGAUAUGAUGCGAGCUUAUUUAAUGGAUAGACGGGAUCAAGUAUUGAUUAUACUGCAUGCAAAAGUUGCACAAAAAUCUUAUGGAACAGAAAAACGAUUCUUUUGUCCACCUCCGAGUAUAUAUCUUCGUGGAGAAGGCUGGGGAUUGCCUGUCGGUGGUGGUGGUGGUGGACAUACUUCUCGUAACGAAACAAAACUAGGCCAUAAUCAUGAACAUAUACUAAGUCAAACAGAUUUAAUGAGUUAUUCAACCAAUAAUAACAAUGCUAGAACUUAUCCUCUUGAAAAUAAUACUUCAACAAGUCCACCAACAAUUACUCCAAUUCCAGGACCUUCAACAUCAUCAACAACGUCAUCUUAUUCACGAGAAAAUUCUCAGAUCCUUGCCUUCAUGGGCAUCGGUGGAUCAACUACUCCAAUGGAAAUGGUUCAAAUGAAUUUAGACGACGGGAGAGAUUAUUCCAAUGCCAAGACAUUAUUCAUCUCUGAUUCAGAUAAACGCAAAUACUUUAUGCUAACAUUGAAAAUGUUUUAUAAAAAUGGGAAAGACUUAGGCCAAUUUCACUCGAGACGUAUUAAAGUGAUCUCGAAACCAAGUAAAAAGAAACAGUCGUUGAAGAAUACCGAUUUAUGUAUUGCAUCUGGUACAAAGAUUGCCCUAUUCAAUCGACUACGUUCACAGACAGUUAGUACAAGAUAUCUGCAUGUAGAAGAUGCAAGUUUUCAUGCAAGUUCAAGUCGUUGGGGUGCAUUUACUAUCAAUUUAUUGGCUGAUGAUCAAGAUGAAGCGGAACAAUUCACUGUACAAGAUGGUUAUAUACAUUAUGGGCAUACAGUGAAGCUAGUCUGUUCUGAAACUGGUAUGGCAUUACCACGUUUGAUUGUACGCAAAGUGGAUAAAACUACCGUCCUCCUGGAUGCUGAUGAUCCAGUUAGUCAACUACACAAAUGUGCAUUUUACCUGAAAGAUACAGAUCGUAUGUAUUUAUGUCUUUCACAAGAUAAAAUUGUCCAAUUGCCAUCAACACCAUGUGAUGAAAAUCCGUAUAGAGAGAAGAUAAAUGAUGCAGCCGCGUGGACAAUUAUUAGUACAGACAAGGCAGAAUAUCGUUGGUUUGAACCAAGUCAGUUACCAAGCACUUAUAAAACAAUAGAUGGACAGAUUAAGUCGAUUACACCACCACCGCCCAGCUCAUCUAUUAUCCCGAUAACACCUGUACCAGUUGUACGUGAUAUGCGAGUCAAUGGUGGCGGUGAUGUUGCUAUGCUUGAAUUGAUUGGGGAGAAUUUCAGUCCACGGCAUCAAGUAUGGUUUGGGGAUGUACCAGCGCAAACAUUUUAUCGAUGUGAAGAAUUAUUGUUGUGUUUUGUACCGGAUAUAUCGGAGUUUCAUAGAGAUUGGACGUUUAUACAAAAAACUUUGGAGGUGCCUAUUAGUUUAGUUCGACAAGACGGUGUUAUCUAUGCCAGUGGAUUAACAUUCACUUAUCAUCCAGAGUCUGGACCGAGGCAACACUGUCAACCAGCUCUUGAUAUUAUACGUGCAGCAAGUCUAGCAGCCGCCGCGGCUGUUGCAGCCUCAUCCAACCCUUUAUCCGCACCAACAAAAUCAUUAUUACCAGACCAAUCUUGUUCAUCAUUAUCUAGAUCAGGUUUAUCUGCAUCGAUUGAUUGCAAUACUGACAAUACUACUCAUAACACGAAUAAUAGUAGUAUUAUUAUUAAUAAUAGCAAUAUAUCCCAACUACAACAUAUUGAUGGUUAUAAUUUCCCUCAAAUCCAUAAAGAUUCAAUGUGCCUUGAUAACUCGUUUCUAGUUUCAGUAACCGCUGCCGCUGCCGCCUCCGCCUCCUCCUGCUGCUCGACAUCUUCAUCCUCAUGUUCAUCCUCGUCAUCCUCAGCAUCAUCUUCGUCAACAUCACAAAUGAUAAAUCGAUUAAUGAAUAAUAAUAAUCCGAAUCGUAUUGGUUACUAUGACGAUAUAUCGUCUAAUUAUCGACGGCAACAACAUUACGCCUUACUACAAGACCCACAAUCACAACAACAACAACAAACAGGUAUUGGCGGUGGUGUUGUGGACUCUCAGGAACAUCAUCAUAUUUUACGGAAUAGUAAUACUAAUACAUCCUUAGGAAAUAAUAAUAAUAAUAAUAACAAUACUACAACAACAGAUUGCCCAUUUUAUAUUCAAGUGAAUACAAGUUGAGUUGAGUUCCUUUGGUUUGUGUGUUUUUUAAAAAAAAUUCCCAGACAUACUCAUACAUGUUACUACAGGGAACGAUAAGUCUUUCUUUACGCCAGCCAAUCCGCCUCCCCUUCCAUGCCACACCACAGCACAUCACCGGCACCGCUGCCGCUGCCUCCACCUCCACGACUGCCCUUGUUUUAAUAUUCAAAGCAGCAUGUGUAGACCAAUUUUAUUUCUUCUUCCUGAAUUUUUUUUUAAAAGAGAGAGGAAACAAAUAUAUAUACAUAACGGAACAGAGUAUAUAUAAUACGAUGAGUGUAACACCUACAGUUACAGUCAAGCUAAAUUGUGGUUUUGCACAGUAUUACGCAGCUCACCACUACUACCCCAUGACGACACUACUUUGACCUGUUCUUCCUUCCACCUUAUCCCUUGUUUUUUUUUAAAUAUACCCCCUGUCCCCCUAUUCUCUUCUCUACUCCCAACCCCACUCCACCCUAACAACAACAACAACAAUAUACAUUUAUAAAUAUUGUAAAAGAGCAGAGACGUUAUAUUACCUUACCAAAUUUGUUAUCCCCCUUAUUCUAUACUCACAUUUGACUUCUUUAUUCCCCUUUUUGUGUAAGUAAGUAUUAUUUGAGACUUUCUACUUUAUUUAUAUUAUAGUAUGAGUGUGUGUGUGUGUUUGUGAGUGGGGUAAAGUUUAUAUAAAUGCACACAGUUAAGAGAAAUUCGACAAUAACAACAAAAAAAGAAUAAUUGUAAUGAUCUGAUUUCUUUUCUUUUCACAUUCUUUGUACUCCGAGUGACAGGUGUCAGUAGGAAUGGUGUUGUUUUAUACG